AUGGCUUGUUCAAAUAUCAAAAUCCUUCCAGAAGACUGUCUUUCUACUAUCUUAUCCCUCACCACCCCUCAGGAUGCCUGCAGAAUGUUGCUGGUUUCUCUGGCGGUUCGACCGGCAGCCGAAUCGGACACUGUUUGGGAUAGAUUCUUGCCUUGUGAUUGUUGGGACAUAGUUGCUAGAUCAGACACACCCUUAAGGUUUUCUUCCAAAAAAGAGCUUUUUUUCAUUCUUUCUGAUUCCAUCCUCAUAGAUGGUGGUAGCAAGGCCUUUGCAUUAGAGAAAUCUAGUGGCCUAAAGUCUUUCAUACUCUCUGCUAGAGAACUUUCUAUUUUAUAUAGCAAUGAACAAAACAGUUGGAGCUGGAAAUCAAUCACAAAUUCAAGAUUCGCAGAGGUGGCUGAACUCAAAACAUCAGGUCGAUUAGAAAUUCAAGGCACGAUAAGAACUCGAAUAUUAUCUCCACACACAACGUACAAGGCUUACCUUCAAAUCAAAAUUUCUGAUCGUGCAUUUGGGCUCGACUCAAUACCUUGUGAAACCUCCAUUAUGGCCGGUGAUCGCGUAUUGGACACCAACACGACAUAUUUACGCGAACCGGAUAGCAAGAAACAACAGCUCGAGAACUUGUUGUACUGGAAUCGCAUUCAAAUGUUGAAAGGAAGAGUGAACGAAGGCGACGAAAAAUUACCUAGCAAGAGAAAAGAUGGGUGGUUGGAAAUUGAACUUGGAGAAUUUUUUACCAGUGAGAGUGAUGAGGUAGUAACAAUGCGUUUGAUGGAGAUUAAGGGACAUCAACUUAAAGGAGGACUCAUUAUACAAGGCAUUGAAGUGAGGCCUAAGUACUAA